UACAAUCAUAGUUAAGUGCAAAAUUAAGCACUUCAGAAUUUGUUUCCCAGUUUCACUGCAUGAUGAUAAAAUGGCGAAUUACAUGAUUCUGUUGUUUAAAGGAAUAUGUUUUCUUCAAAUAGUGCAGGCGAUAUUCGCAACGGGUCACGUGAAUAUACAGGUACAGGUUCUUCAAUAUGACAACCCUUUAGGGACAUCAUACCAUGGUUCUGACUUUACCUCACAGAGAAAAUGUUGUGAUAAAGGCCAAGUUACAGCAUGCAAUACGGCAGACGUUUGCGACUCGUACUUUGUCCUCUGUAUUGGUGGAAUCACAACUAGCGGUCAAAAAAAGCAUUGUAGCGGACCAAAAGGUACAACAAAAGUCUUCAGGAAUGCUAACUCGUUUGGAGCAUCGCACGACAACAUCUUGAUUCAGUCAUUUAAGUGGGAUAAUUGGCAUUCGGGAGGCAUUGACUAUUUGGCUAAUGUGAUGGAUCAAGACAGCGGUAAUGACGAGCUUAUUGAAAACUUCACAUCGACCAGAGCACUUACCGUUGGUUCCAGCUAUGAGAAUUCUACUGAACAUGUGAUAUCAUUUACAAAUUUUGUAAGUUUAGAUCUCGGUAUAAGGAUAUGGUGUCAAGAUGGAUACUUUGGCUCUGACUGUAGUCAUAAAUGUACCAGCAACCCUUACAGUGUUUGUAUAAACAAUCAAGCAACGCUUUUACCAUCGUGCAAUGACGCAGACGUUUCUAGUUUUGAAUUUACCGGAAUUCUGAAUGCCAAAGCCGCAAACCUCCAACUUCUACUAAUGAAGUUUGUUCUACAAGAAAUCUGCCCUAAAGCACAGAAUACACAUGUGCAGAUCGUGCAUUUUAGUGUAUCUGGAGUUGUCGAGUUCAAAGCUACGUGUGAUAAUACUACUAUCAGCAGUUUAACGUUCAGUACGCAUAUGUUCAUUCUAAGUUUGACAAAUAAACCUGCAUUGUCACGUUAUUUCCCGGGCAUUCCUUUGAAAACAUCAUCGGUUACACAGAAAAUUGUUAGAGGGGCACACACAUUUAUGAUUUUGAGGGCGCUAAGUUAUCAUGAUUCGAGUGCGGCAUGUAAAGGGCAAAGCUGCAAUGUACAGAUCACUGUCUGCAUAUAUCCGCAAAAAAGUUGCAUCGUCAUGUUGUCCAAAGUUUCUACCACGAACCUUGCGCUAUGCAGCGGUUAUGUGAUAGACCGAUCAUCAGCUGGGCUAGGAGAGAAAACCACAUAUUUCAUUGGCCUAACCUCAUGGCCGAGUUUAAAUGUUGAAGUGAAAUAUAACGGACGGUCGAAAUGGCAUCAAAACAAUCAAAAUUUGCAGGCAUACACAGCUGGAGCAACAUAUAAUGAAUCAACCAACUACCGAAUGACAAUAAAAUCCAAUGAUCAUCACCAGACGUUAGUGUUGGAUAUGAUGCUAUGGUGUGCUCAAGGCUGGUCUGGAGAUCGGUGUCAACAUCUAUGUCACUCUACUUCGAGUAAAAUGUGCAACAAAGACGGAAAACUCGUUUGUAAACAUGGGUAUGGUGGACAUUCCUGUUCAGAUAUAAACGAAUGUAGUGGUCAGUCGUCCCCUUGCAAGAACGGUGGUACGUGUAAAAACACAAUAGGUUCGUUUAUAUGUCAAUGCCGGACGGGAUGGAUCGGGCCAACGUGUGAGGUCGAUAUAGAUGAAUGUGACCUAGAUUAUUGUACAGAUGCCUCAACUUGCACAAACACCCCGGGAUCAUUUCACUGCAGAUGUAAUAGAGGAUUUCAUGGUAGUAAAUGUACUGAUUUAAAUGAAUGCAAGAAUCCCAUGAAACUCUGCAAACAUGACAGCACCUGUCUGAAUCAAUAUGGACAUUUCGCUUGCAUAUGUAGUGAAGGGUAUUCUGGUGCCAGAUGUGAAAACGACAUCGAUGAGUGUUCUUUAUCGAUAUGUAGUCCGCAUAGUAACAACUGUACGAACACCGUCGGCAGUUACAGUUGUAACUGCAAAGCUGGUUGGACAGGAAUAAAAUGUGAAAAUGAUAUAGAUGAAUGUAAAAGCAGUCCAUGCAAUAAUGGAACAUGUGGAAAUACACCUGGUAGCUAUACAUGUAAUUGCAAUCAUGUGUAUACAGGAAAACACUGUGAAAAUGAUAUAGACGAAUGUAAACGUAAUCCUUGUGAAAAUGGAACAUGUAGAAAUGUUGUCGGUAGUUAUAAAUGCAACUGUUAUCAUGGGUAUACAGGAAGGAAGUGUGAAAAUGAUAUAGAUGAAUGUAAAAUUAGUCCGUGCAAUAAUGGAACAUGUAGUAAUACACCCGGAAGCUAUAAAUGUAAUUGUAAUCAAGCGUAUACAGGAAAACACUGUGAAAAUGAUAUAGACGAAUGUAAAAGUAAUCCCUGUAAAAAUGGAACAUGCAGUAAUACAAUCGGAAGUUAUAAAUGCAACUGUUUUCAAGGGUAUGCAGGUAUACAUUGUGAAAAUGACUUUGACGAAUGUUCCAUAGUUAAGUGUGCAAACAACGGAACAUGUGUAAACCUAGAUUAUCCUAAAAGAUACCGAUGUGAUUGCCCCAAGGGUUGGGAUCCUAAAAGUCGGUGUCGGCAUCGUACAGAUGAAUGUAAAGCGCUUCAUCCUUGUGUUAAUGGAAGCUGCAGUAACAGUUUUGGACAGUAUAUAUGUUCAUGUAACACUGGCUGGACUGGCAAGAACUGUAGCAUUGAUUUAGAUGAGUGUAACGACAAUCCUUGUUUGCACACCGGAACUUGUAUCAAUAGCAUGGGAGCAUACACGUGCCACUGUUCCACAGGGUGGACGGGGAAGAACUGCUCGACUGAUAAAAAUGAAUGUGCUACUCUUCGUCCUUGCAGGAACAAUGGUAAAUGUAUUAACACAGGGGGAGGAUUCGCGUGCCACUGUACUACAGGAUGGACGGGGAAGAACUGCUCGACUGAUAUAAAUGAAUGUGCUACUCUUCGUCCUUGCAGGAACAAUGGUAAAUGUAUAAACACAGGGGGAGGAUACUCGUGCCUCUGUACUACAGGAUGGACGGGGAAGAACUGCUCUACUGAUAUAAAUGAAUGUGCUACUCUUCGUCCUUGCAGGAACAAUGGUAAAUGUAUAAACACAGGUGGAGGAUACACGUGCAACUGUUCCACAGGAUGGACGGGAAAGAACUGCUCGACUGAUUUAAAUGAAUGUGAUUCUCUUCGUCCUUGCAGGAAUAAUGGUAAAUGCAUAAAUGCAGACGGAGGAUACACGUGCCACUGUUCCGCAGAAUGGACGGGAAAGAACUGCUCAACUGAUAUAAAUGAAUGUUAUACUUUUCGUCCUUGCAGGAACAAGGGUAAUUGCAAAAACACAGAGGGAGGAUACACGUGCCACUGUUCCGAGGGAUGGACGGGAAAGAACUGCUCAGAGGAUGUAGAUGAGUGUGAUGUAAUUCACCCAUGCAAAAAUAAUGGUUCAUGUAGAAACAUGAAAGGUAGCUAUACAUGUCAUUGCCCUGUAGAAUGGAAAGGACAAAACUGUUCUAUUGAUGUCAAUGAAUGUGAAACAUUUCAUCCGUGCCACAACAAUGGCAGAUGCGUCAACUCGGAAGGAAAUUAUACAUGUCAUUGCCCUGUAGAAUGGAAAGGACAAAACUGUUCUGCUGAUGUCGAUGAAUGUGAAAUGUUUCAUCCGUGCCACAACAAUGGCAGAUGCGUCAACUCGGAAGGAAAUUAUAUAUGUCAUUGCCCAGUAGAAUGGAAAGGACCAAACUGUUCUGUUGAUGUCAAUGAAUGUGAUACGUUUCAUCCGUGCCAGAAUAAAGGCUCAUGCGUCAACUCGAAAGGAAAUUAUACAUGUCAUUGCCCAGUAGAAUGGAAAGGACAAAACUGUUCUGUUGAUGUCAAUGAAUGUGAAACAUUUCAUCCGUGCCACAACAAUGGCAGAUGCGUCAACUCGGAAGGAAAUUAUACAUGUUAUUGCCCAGUAGAAUGGAAAGGACAGAACUGUUCUGCUGAUGUCGAUGAAUGUGAAAAGUUUCAUCCGUGCCACAACAAUGGCAGAUGCGUCAACUCGGAAGGAAAUUAUACAUGUCAUUGCCCAGUAGAAUGGAAAGGACCAAACUGUUCUGUUGAUGUCAAUGAAUGUGAUACGUUUCAUCCGUGCCAGAAUAAAGGCUCAUGCGUCAACUCGAAAGGAAAUUAUACAUGUCAUUGCCCAGUAGAAUGGAAAGGACAAAACUGUUCUGUUGAUGUCAAUGAAUGUGAAACGUUUCAUCCGUGCCACAACAAUGGCAGAUGCGUCAACUCGGAAGGAAAUUAUACAUGUUAUUGCCCAGUAGAAUGGAAAGGACAGAACUGUUCUGCUGAUGUCGAUGAAUGUGAAAAGUUUCAUCCGUGCCACAACAAUGGCAGAUGCGUCAACUCGGAAGGAAAUUAUACAUGUCAUUGCCCUGUAGAAUGGAAAGGACAAAACUGUUCUGCUGAUGUCGAUGAAUGUGAAACGUUUCAUCCGUGCCACAACAAUGGCAGAUGCGUCAACUCAGAAGGAAAUUAUACAUGUCAUUGCCCAGUAGAAUGGAAAGGACCAAACUGUUCUGUUGAUGUCAAUGAAUGUGAUACGUUUCAUCCGUGCCAGAAUAAAGGCUCGUGCGUCAACUCGGAAGGAAUUUAUAAAUGUCAUUGCCCAGUAGAAUGGAAAGGACAAAACUGUUCUGUUGAUGUCAAUGAAUGUGAAACAUUUCAUCCGUGCCACAACAAUGGCAGAUGCGUCAACUCGGAAGGAAAUUAUACAUGUUAUUGCCCAGUAGAAUGGAAAGGACAGAACUGUUCUGCUGAUGUCGAUGAAUGUGAAACGUUUCAUCCGUGCCACAACAAUGGCAGAUGCGUCAACUCGGAAGGAAAUUAUACAUGUCAUUGCCCAGUAGAAUGGAAAGGACAAAACUGUUCUGUUGAUGUUAAUGAAUGUGAAACGUUUCAACCGUGUCAGAAUGAAGGCUCAUGCUUCAACAUGCAUGGAAAUUAUACAUGUCAUUGCACUGAAGGAUGGAAAGGACAAAACUGCUCUGUUGAUGUCAAUGAAUGUGAUACAAUUCGACCUUGUCAGAACGAAGGCUCGUGCGUCAACACGAAUGGAAAUUAUACAUGUCAUUGCCAUGUAGAAUGGAGAGGACAAAACUGCUCUGUUGAUGUAAACGAAUGCAACAAUUCACCCUGUAAACAUAAUUCAAAGUGUAAUAACAUUGAAGGCGGAUAUACAUGCACUUGCCCUCCAAACUGGUCCGGCAACAACUGUGACGUCGAUGUGAACGAAUGCAGUAGUUCCCCGUGCAAGAAUAACGGAAACUGUUCUAACACAGAGGGAAGUUAUACCUGCAUUUGUCCUCCAAACUGGUCCGGAAACACUUGUGAAGACGAUGUGGAUGAAUGCGGUAGUUUUCCCUGCAAGAAUAACGGAACAUGUUCUAACAUGGACGGUGGGUACAUGUGCAGCUGCUCUUCAAACUGGAGCGGCAACCACUGUGAGACGGACGUAAAUGAAUGCAAAAAUUUCCCCUGUAUAAAUAAUGGAACUUGUGAAAAUGAGGCUGGAUCUUAUAACUGCAGAUGCACGCAAGGAUGGCAAGGCAAGUAUUGCGAAAGCGAUAUUGACGAGUGUAGAGACAGUGACAAUCCCUGUAAAAAUGGAGAUGUAUGUAGUAAUACCAACGGGAGUUAUGUGUGUAAACAUGAUUCAACAUUCUCGCCGCUGUCUCUUACAUCUCAUGCUACAACAGCUGUUUCUCUCCCUACCACAGCAAACCAGCCAGGCAGCACAUCAGCUGGAGCUACCACAUUGACAAAUAAAAGCAACAAAUCAAUUGCAGCUUCAACACCGCAUCAAACAAUUAGUACAAUAUUCGCAGCAACCACACCAAUACAAACAAAAACUACAGGAACUGAAGCUACAACUUUUCCAAGAACAAGCAAUACAACACCAGCAGCUACCACAUUGACACAAACGAGUAGAGCAACAAAUGCAGUUACCACAUCGACACAAAUGAGAAUUACAACACCUGUAGCUACGACAAAAAUAAACAGUAAACCAACUGCUGCAACCAAAUCGUUAAAAGCAAGAAGUACAACACCUGCAGCUACAACAUCAUUACAAACAAGUACUACAACUCCUACAGCUACGGCAACAACACAAACAAGUAGUACAACACCUGUAGCCAUCAUAUCGAAACAAGCAAGAAAUUCAACACCUGUCACUACCACAUCGAUACAAACAGGCAGAACAACACCUGCGGCUAUUACAUCGACACAAACAAGCAGAACAACACCUGCUGCUACCACAUCGACACAAACAAGCAGAACAACACCUCUUGCUACCACAUCGACACAAAUAAGAACAAUUCCUUCUGCAACCACAGUGAAACAAACAAGCAGAACAUCACACGAUGCAACCACACCGACACAAACAAGCAGAACAACACCUGCUGCUACCACAUCGACACAAACAAGCAGAACAACACCUGCUGCUACCACAUCGACACAAACAAGCAGAACAAUACCUGCUGCUACCACAUCGACACAAACAAGCAGAACAACACAUGCUGCUACCACAUCGACACAAACAAGCAGCACCAGACUAACUGUUACUUCAGUGACAGGCUUUGAUGGCUACACACUAGAAUUUGUGAAGGAAGUAAACUCGACAUUUUAUGACAGUAUUACAGCCGGAAUAAAAAGUGUGCUGCAAAUCGAGACCUGUGCCGAUAGCAAAAAUAUUGACGUUACAUUUAUGAACAAUAACAAGAAAACGAAUUUCUCCGUGGAAUUUCAUGCACAGUGCGACGGUCAAGAUGUCUCAAAUUCCAAGAUUGCGGAAGCAUUUAAUGCGUUGUCCCCAGAAAAAUUAAAGUCCCUCUUCCCUUUGGAAGUGAAGCAGAAAGGUGGGAAAGCACCAGAGAAAUCGUGGAUUGAGAAGAACAUGAUGGUUGUUGUUGGUGCUGUUGUUGGUGUUGUGCUUAUCAGUGUCGUAGCAGUAGGAUGUAAAUGUUACAGAUCUAGGAGACAUUUCACAAGCGGCGAAGAUGGACCUGUUUAUGAUGACACACCUACAUUCGUUGAACUAAAGGACAGAGACAGCACUUUAAGUGAAAGAGUUAUAGCCACAGAAAAUCCACUUUAUGACUCGUUUGCCUCUACAAGUAAAGAAAGCACUAACGCCUAGUGUUGAUAUUGCUAAAUGGUGUUUUUGUAUAACUCUCGAGAUUGACUUUUAUCACGUUGACGAACGUCAUGUGUUCUUAAAUACAUAUUUUACCUAUAUUUUAUAGAUAGACGAAUAGUGACGACAUUGCUAAUGUUGUGUUUGAUUAUUCUCAACAACAGAAUAUAUACGCUGUGUGAAUGUAUAUUUUAUAGACGAAUUUUGAUUCUUUUUUAUCGUUAUAACGAUGGUAAUGGUGUGUUUGAGCCAUAACAAAAUAAUGCAUGUGAUGUAUGACUAUCUAUUGUUCUUGCUAAUUGCAGAUUUGAAUUCUGUUUUUUUUUGCCUUUACAUCUAGAAAUGUUCUAGUGCUUAAUAAUGAUGACAUUGCUAAUUAUGAUUAUUUUUUAUAUUUUAUUUAUAGGUUUUGUUACUGUAAUUUCAUAGAUAAUGCGGUUUACUUUAUUCCUAUAAAAGAUGUAAAUUAUGCAUGUAAAUAUGUAGAUGUAUAUUGCUGAACAUUUUACUUCUACGCAAAUGGCUGCGAGGUCAUGAAAUUAAGAAUUAUAAAGACAUCAUGCACGUUUUGUCUCUAUGCAAAGAUUUGUCUAACCUUUAGGAAUAUUAUGUCACAUGUGCCACAAAUGUGUGCACACAUUGCAUUUCAAUGAACUGUAACUAUAAGGAAUGUAAUUGUACAAAUAUCAUCAUAUGAGCGCAUGUUACUUCUGGAAUAUCGUGCCCCACUAAAAAGAUAUGAAUAAAAAUAACUCCAUAAUUGUUAUAGAUCAGACUUUGAAUAAUGAACUGCAUGUAUGUAAGUAAUAUGCAUACAACAAAUAUUUGAAUAAUUAAGUUUAAUGCCAUUGUAACUUGCAUGGUGAGUCGAUCAAAUGUGUCCACAUUUCCUCUAUUGUCUGUUUCGUUAUGAAAGAUGAUAAUAGUGGGAUAAAUGAUAUACAUUUAUGUUUCAUUUCAGUUUAUCACAUGUUUGUCGUCGCGGGAGUGUAAUAAAGCCAUUAAAUAAAAAUGAUAAUACACUAGUGUAAUAAAGCUUUGAUGUCGACGUCAUUUAUAAUAUAGGCGACGCCGGUCAAAUUGUCUUGUUUAUAUAGUAAAAGAAAGUCGAAUUUUUGAUGUUUCGACAAAAAAGGCUAACAUGUGAUAAAAAGAAUAUUACAUUUGUGACUUUCCACAUUGAAUUUAUUAAACUCGUUGAAUAAAAUUGAUAAAAUGCUCGGCAGAGCCUCGCAUUUUAUUAUUUUUUUUCAACUUGUUUAAAAAAAUCAGUAUGAAAAGACACUCAUGUAAUAUCCUCUAUGUAUAUGACUGCGUCGAGGGAUGUAAAUAUGCAUGUUCUAAAAUUCAUUCUGACUUGGCCAUAUUUUUAAAUAAGGAAACCUUCAUUCAGUGUCAUUUCAUAGAUGAAAAUCAAUUUUAAAACUUUGUUUUCUUUCCCCAUACGUUAUCGGAAAGUUACUUCAUUUUUUCAUGGAUUGAAACAGAAACAAAGGCUGACAAAAUAGUGUACACAAGGUAUCAAAACUGUUGUUUGCGAAACGAAAUAUUGACGUCAGAGUUAUGUUUCUUCUGUGAGAUGAAAAAAACCUUUGGUGCCAGUGUGUUUCCUUUUACUUGCUGUGAUUAUGUAAACUAUUAUUUAUGGCUGUAAAUGCCACAACAAAAUGACUCCAAACACUUAUUGCCUUUCAAUCAAACGGUUAUUCAGUUAUUUUCAUCUGUUGAUAUUUUUGUUACAUUAGGCUUAUUCCACAAGUAUUACUUUAGAUGACAUGCAUUUAAGAUAAAUGAAUUAUGAAAUAAACCAAUUUGAAUAUAGUCAAUCUCACAAAUGUAAUCACUUAUAUAUUAUGUCUAUGAAAUGUCUACAUUAUUUUAUUGAUUAAUUUACUGCAUCAAUAAAGUCGAAUUCUAUUUUAAAUUUUUAAUUACUAUUAUCGUCUCUGAAACAUGUAUACUUGAUAUUAUACCAUGGCUAGAAUUCAGAAGAUGCUAAGUAAAUGUUGUAAAUGGAAUAUUUGUAUACUAUCAAGGUCACAAUUUGAACUUCAAUGGAACAGUGUGUAUUUAUAUAAGACAUGUAAACUAUAUACAUAUAUACACUGUCGUUGUUAUAUUUAAAUACAUGAUUUUUUUCAAUUAUUGUCAUUACUAUGAGGGAUGUAUUCAUAGAUUAAAAAGAUUAAAAAUAACCAAGACAACACACAAAUGAAAUAAAUAUACGUAAGAAAUAAAAAU